CCAGGAGAGCUCCAUUGUAGACAGCCCGGAAGCAGCGUGACCAUGAAUGUCAAGCGUCUCUGCAGCUGCCCUUGUCGAUAAAAGACGACAUCUGGACCCACCAUCUUUAAGCCCGAUACACAAUCUUCAUGCUCGCUCAUCACCACUAUUAAGAAUCUUCCCUGACAGUAUCCGCUUCUUGUUUCAUCAUGUUCUUGACGGUGCCGUAUUUGAUUCUGAGAAGGUUGAGAGCCCGGCGUGAACAGUUACACGAGGAAGUCCGCUUCGAACCCCCGCCACGUCAGUACAGAGAAAGCACUAAUAAUAUUAAUAGGAGACAGUUCUUAAGACGGCGACGACGGAGGAGAAUAUUCCCUGUGAGAAUAAAUCUGUCUGAAAUUGAUGAGCAUGACAUUAAAGAACGUUACCGCCUUAAUUCAGAUGCCAUAAUGUAUUUAUAUGAACUCAUCAAGAAAGACUUAAUCUCCACAACAAAGAGAAGCAAUGCCGUUCCUGGCAUUGUAAAAUUACUCUGUGCCCUCCAUUAUUUCACCAGCGGGUCCUUACAGAGCACUGUGGCGGAAGCUGGAGGCAUAACACAAAGCACCUUCAGCCGCGCUCUAUCUGAGGUCAUUUCCGCCAUUCUGAAACUCGCUGACCAGUUCAUAAAGUUCCCGAGUGACGCUGCUGGCUUCCAGCUCAUAAAACAAGGAUUUGGGAGCAUUGAUGGGUUUCCAGAUGUUUUGGGGGCUGUGGGUUGUACUCACAUAGCCAUAUCUCCACCCUCUGAGAUGGAGCAGAUGUAUCGUAACAAGAAGCACUAUCACUCCAUCAAUGUGCAGAUUAUAUGUGACUCAGACAUGAGGAUCUUGGAUGUCGUUUCACAGUUUCCUGGGUCAACACAUGACUUUUCAGUCCUGAAGCAGUCUGGAAUUCAUGAGAGGUUUGAGGAAGGAGAAUUGAGUGGAUAUUUGUUGGGGGAUGCAGGCUAUGGCGUUAAACCGUGGCUUUUAACACCUUUUGAGAACCCGGCUACAGAGGAGGAAAUUCGAUACAACCUGUCACACAACGCAACUUACUCUGUGGUGGAGCGAACUAUUGAUGUACUGAAAAGCCGCUUCCGUUGUUUGGACAAUCCUAAUGGAGUUCUCUUGUAUAACCCUGAAAAAGUAUCCCUGUGUCUGAGACGUUUUAUUUCCUUCAGUCGGACCAGUCUGUGUUUGAGGAGUGUGUCCACUAUUCCUAAUGCUAGGCAGGCGCUUCUUGACCUUGGUUUCUCUGAGGAGCAAGCUGAAAAGAUCCAGGGCAUGAGAUGCCCUCCACACAAGACUCCAAACAUCAAGGAACUAUGUCUCAUUGGACUGAGUCACAGGACAGUACUGAGAAUACUUGAAGAAAGACCAGAGCUUCUAAAAAUGACAGACAGGGAGCUGAAGGACAGGAUAAACACUCUGAGGGCCCUUGGCCUGGGAGAAGGUUCUCUUCAGAACUCUCUGUCCAGAUGCCCAGCUCUCCUGGCUGUGCCACGCUCUCGUCUACUAGCUGCCACACAGUGUCUCAAGAGUCAGUGUCAUUUCACAUCACAGCAGGUGCUGAAAAUCUUAAACACUUCUCCCGAGACUCUUACUCAAGAUCCCAGGCAUUUAGAAAGUGUGUUUCAGUACUUAUAUUUUCGCAUGGGUGAGAAUCAUGCAGAGAUGAUUUCUUCUCAAGUUUUCCGAACAUCAAUUGAUGAGAUUAAAGUUCGUCACCAGUUCUUGGAACGUCUUGGUAAGUUCCAACCCCCUGACAAGAAAAGGGUGUGUCCUCCUUCCAACCCCAAACUAAAGGAAGUCAUCCAGGUCUCGCAGGAGGACUUCCUAUCCAAAAUAGCACGGUCCACCACUGAAGAAUUCGACACGUUCCGUAAAAUCCUGGAGCGAGAGGAGCUUGAAUGUGAAGAGCACAUGGAAGACGAGCUAAGUAGUGAUGAUGAAGAGGAGCAAGAUUCAGAUAGUGAAGAGGACUCUAAAGAGGAAGACUACAUAGAGAUUGUUCAUGGUGAUAAACCUAAACACCAUCAUAAGAAAAAAUAGAAUUUAUGACUGUUAUUGUUGCCAUGACUUUUGUAAUCAGCAUUUUGUGUUUUUCCCUUAAAAAACCCUCAAAUAAUUUGUUUUAAAUAAACUCUCCAGAUUCUUCCAUUACACUAGGAGAUGGCUGCAUGUUGCCUUAUAUAAUCCUGCUGUUAAGAGUGGAGUAAGUCACAGCUAACCUCUCUGGUGGUGGCUUAUGUCCCUUCAAAACAAAAGGAUAGGUCAUAUGGAAAUUCAACUCCUAAUCCUACUUUGACCCCCUGAUCUCUACUGUCGGGAGAUUUGUAAGGCUACUGUACACAUUAGAUGGUUGGCUGACAUUAAUGUGUAUGGUCAGGUUUAGAGUAUAGGGCAGUCUUUGCCAACCAGGGUGCCUCCAGCUGUUGCAAAACUACAACACCCA